AUAAAUAUAUCUUCUCUUCUUAAUAAUCUUCACAUCUUUGUGUCCAUUCUUACUACAAAAAGAUGGGCUCCGAAUCAAACUCCGGUGACCAUCAUAUCCUCAUGCUCCCUUUCAUGGCUCACGGCCAUCUCAUCCCCUUUCUCGAACUCGCCAAUUUAAUCCAUCGGAGAUCUUCUCUUUUCACCACUACCAUCGCAAACACUCCCUCUAACAUCAAAUACCUCCGCUCCACCGUCUCCGCCGCCGCCAAAAUCCACCUCGCCGAGCUCCACUACAACAGCAUCGACCACGGCCUCCCACCCAAUACAGAAAACACCGAGAAUCUUCCUCUAGACCAAAUCCCUACUCUGUUUCACUCUUCUACCGCCCUUGAACACCCCGUCCGACAACUGAUCUCCGACAUCGUUCAAAAAGAUGGCAAACCUCCCGUGUGUAUAAUAUCUGACGUGUUCUUUGGUUGGUCGGUGGCCGUCGCAAGAAGCUUCAAUAUCCCGAUUUUCAAUUUCACUACUUGCGGUGCUUACGGUACUCUGGCCUACCUCUCUCUCUGGUUGAAUCUCCCUCAACAAUCCACCACCGCCGACGAAUUUUCAAUACCGGGGUUCCCAGAACGGUGCCGUUUCCAUCGUUCCCAGCUUCAUCGAUUCUUACGAGUCGCCAAUGGCACCGAUUUCUGGUCCAAAUAUUUCCAACCACAACUCUCCGCUGCUUUGAAUUCCGAUGGAUGGCUCAGUAACACCGUCGAGGAAGUUGAAUCUUUCGGAUUGGGGCUUUUGAGAGAUUACAUCAAAAUCCCCGUCUGGGCAAUCGGGCCACUUCUUCCUCAAAGCUCCGGCCGCCGGUGGGUAAAAGAGAAAGAUUCCGGCGUGGAUUUAGAAAAUUGCAUGGAUUGGCUAAAUUCCCACCAGAGAAACUCCGUUCUCUACAUCUCAUUCGGAUCUCAGAACACAAUCAGCGAGACCCAGAUGAUGGAAUUAGCUCAUGGAUUGGAAGAAAGUGGUAAGGCAUUCAUAUGGGUAGUGAGGCCGCCAUUAGGACACGACAUUAAAGCAGAGUUCAAAGCUCAUGAAUGGCUGCCGGAACAAUUCGAGGAACGAAUGAAGGAGACAAACCGAGGAUUAUUGAUCAGAAAUUGGGCACCCCAAUUGGAGAUUUUAUCGCACGAAUCGGUGGGGGCGUUCUUGAGCCAUUGUGGGUGGAAUUCGACGGUGGAGAGCUUGAGCCAGGGGGUCCCUAUGAUCACGUGGCCGAUGGCAGCGGAGCAAGCUUACAACUCGAAGAUGUUAAUGGAGGAAAUGGGGAUUGGAGUGGAGCUGACAAGAGGAAAAGAGAGUGAGAUUAAUAGAGGGAAAGUGAAGGAAGUGAUAGAAAUGGUGAUGGAGGAAAAUGGGAAAGGGGAAGAGAUGAGGAAGAAGGCAGCCAUUGCUAAGGAGAAGAUGAUGAAUGCAAUGAAAGAUGAUGAACAAAAGGGUUCAUCUUUGAGAAGUUUGGAAGAAUUUCUUUCAAUCAUUGAAUCCAAAAGGGAGAAGACAAAUGGGAGAGUGUUAGUGAAUUGAGUGACUCCCAAUGUUUUGGAGUUUUUGGCAAAUGUUGUGACAAAUAGUAAUAUAUAUUUUAUCUAUGGAUAAUUAAAUCUCAAA